AUGUCCGAGGAAGCCCCGCCCAGGCGAGCGAAGCGUGGCAGCCGAUCGCCUCCGCGACUGACGCUCAUGCACGCGGCGAUGUACUCCGUAGGCGGAGCGACCGGCCGUCCAGCUUACGACGUCAGUCCGGAGUGCGCGAUCAUUGGUGCAGGCUUGGGUGCAUCCGCCCUUGAGGAGGUUUGCCUGCUGGUGCUAACAGCUGUAUUUGCUGUGGUUACUGUGGACGCCGGUCACCAUUACGGAGGCUAUGGUGGCGGUGGCGGUGGCGGCGGAGGUGGAGGAGGUGGUCAUGGAUACGGCCACGUCAUCGUGAUUCACAAACACCACGGAGGCUACGGCGGUGGCGGAGGGGGUGGAGGUGGCGGCGGAGGCGGCUACGGAGGCCACGGGUGGUGGUAG